AUGGUACAAGCCGAACGCGGCAGAACACAUGGAUCAUCGAAAGAUACUACCACCAGCGUACCAACGAAGAAAAAAUGGCUAGACAAAUUGAAGACAGUUAUUGAGAAGAGAGUUAAGAAGAUAGCCACAACCACGACCACAACUACAACUACUACGACUACAACGAAGAAACCAUCCAAAACUACUAAACCGAAACCUCCUACGAAAACGACUACGAUGAAGACAACGAAACCUCCAAGAACCACUACCACGAGGCCUACCAAAACUACCGUGAAAAGAUUGACAACAUUAACAAGAGCUGUGGUUACCACGCCACGACUGACAACUACUACUUUCAAACCGGUAACAACUACAACGCGGGAAGCUACUACUUAUAAGACAACGAAAACACCAGCGACUAUAGUUCCAUCGACGUCUGUAAUUCUUUCUACGACAUCGAACCCAACUGUACCAACUUCUAUGAUGACCACUUCUACUGUGACGAUCCCUGUUACUACCACAACGCCUAGGACUACAAUUGCUACAUCUACAGCAAGUACUGUUGCGCCAGUCACUAGCACAGCAUCUACUACAACGUCUACCGAAAGUUCGACAACGUCAAAGACAACAACUAGCACUACUACUACUACGUCUACGAGUCCUUCUACGACACCAGCUACAACCACAACAACAACGACUACGGCUCCGACAACUACUACUUCGACAGCUUUUAGUACUACUACUACUACUCCAGCAACAACCACUCCUACCACAACUACUACCACAACUACUGCGCCGGCAACAACAACUACUACCACCGUGAAAACGCCCAUAACUACGACUACCACUACUACUCCAACAACUACUACUCCGGCAACAACUACAACUAUUGCACCUACAACUACUACUCCAACCACUACUACUCCGGCAACAACUACAACUAUCGCGCCUACAACUACUACUCUUUCUACUACUACCCCUGCUACUACCACAACUGCAUCGUUAAAAACAACAACUACUGUAACAGCUACUAACCCAGCAACAACUACAACUAGUCCUGCUACAACUACUACUCUUCCUACUACUACCCCUACAACUACAACAACUUCUAUUUCUACCAUGCCUAUCACCAAAAUUACCUCUACAUCAGCGCCUCUAACUACUACUAUCCCUACCACAACAACAUUGGCGACUACCACAUCGUCUACAACGUCGAAUCCAACCAUAACUACGACUUUGACGACUACGACAACAAAACUGGCACCUACUACCACGACACUAACAACUACGACGACGAAGACAACAAUGAGGAUCGCCAUUGGAUUGUUGGUGUUUGCCAUAUUGGCAGUGUAUUUGGUAGAUGCGCACAGAAAAAAUUCGAAAGAGGAUGAUGAUACGUUUGCGUCGGUAGACAUUGCAAAGGGAUGGAUAAAAAUUUACUUCAAGGUACCACCCGGUGGCCAGAAACGAACCACCACUAAGAAGAUGCGCUUAACAACACGUCCUACACUGAAGACCAUUAAGCCAAUUGUUACGAAGAGGAUACCACCGGGUUUAACCACGACGGCCUCGCAGAAGAAAACAACCAAGCUCCCCAUCUUCUAUACUAUGCCAACCGUCCGUACCACGUCAAAGACUGGAGAAAUAUCAUUGACUACUGCGAAGAUGAUUACAACUACUGGAAAAUUGGCUACAACUACAACAUCAAAGCCCUUGUCUACAACCACCUCAAAAACAUCAACUGUGGCGCCGGUCUCCACGACUAAAAUCACCUCUACAGUUGCCGCUUCUACUACAACGAGCCGGCCAACAACUCCAGUCAUUACUGUUCCAUCAACGACGACUAAACCAACGACAAUUCCUAUAACGACUACUACUAGUACAACUUCCACCAGCACUGUACAAACAACGACGACUAAACCGACAACAACCUCAACGACCGCGUCAACAUCCGCUUCCACCACUACUGUUCCUGCAACAACGACUAAACCUACGACUAUCUCAACGACUGCAUCAACAGUUACUUCCACCACUACUGUUCCUACAACAACGACUAAACCUACGACCAUCUCAACGACUGCAUCAACAGCUACUUCCACCACUACUGUUCCUACAACAACGACUAAACCUACAUCAACUGCAUCACUAACAGCUUCGACCUCUACAACAACGUUGUCCACUACUGCGACUACAUCGAAAGCUACGACUGCAGCAGGUGCUGUCGUAACGUCUACACCAAUCACCGCUUCGACUACUGUACCAUCGUCCAGUACAACGGCCACAUCUUUGACUACACCAACAAUAGCUGGCAGUGGCAACAAGAACAAUGCGUUCUUCAACGCCGGAGGCAUUCCUGAUGUCUCUUCCACUACCACAUCCAAAACUACGACGACGACGACUACUCAGGUCAGUACCACCAUCACUACUAACAACAACACACAAAAAACUACUACAUUGACGGAUAUUGUUGAUCCUUUCGCUUCCUUGCAAACAACCCAAACAACCACCACCAUCCCAAACAGAGCUCUUAUGCCGACACUUACGACUACGGCGAGUAUUCCAGCUACUAAAGGUGUGAACGUCGAAGAGCUUUCCAGUUCGGUAGAAUAUUAUUACGACGAUGAAGAGGAGCAAGACCAGGAGGGUGUGGAGAUAGUCAUCACUAACAAAGCCAUAACCAGCAGUCCAACUACGCGUGAAGCUAGCACAAUAAUUGUACCACACCAAACCACUACUAUGUAA